GACGUCAGAGAGGCACCGGCGAGCGCCGAGUGGGGCUGAUGCAACCCGGGCACGCCGCUGCCGCCAUGGAGACCGCGUCCGGCCCGCAGGAGAAGUACCAGCUCAUCACCCGCAACCUGCAGGAGGUGCUGGGUGAGGAUAAGCUGAUGGCCAUCCUGAAGGAGCGGGAGGUGAAGAUCUACUGGGGCACCGCCACCACGGGCAAGCCGCACGUUGCCUACUUCGUGCCCAUGUCCAAGAUCGCCGACUUCCUGAAGGCUGGCUGUGAGGUGACGAUCCUCUUUGCUGACCUCCACGCUUACCUAGACAACAUGAAGGCCCCCUGGGAGCUGCUGGAGUUGCGCACUCGCUAUUAUGAGCAUGUGAUCAAAGCCAUGCUGGAGAGCAUUGGAGUGCCCCUGGAAAAGCUGAAGUUCAUCCGAGGCACGGACUACCAGCUCAGCAAGGAGUACACGUUGGAUGUGUACCGUUUGUCAUCUGUGGUGACACAGCAUGAUGCAAAGAAGGCAGGAGCAGAGGUGGUGAAGCAGGUGGAGCAUCCUUUGUUGAGCGGCUUGCUCUACCCAGGCCUGCAGGCCCUGGACGAGGAAUACCUCAAGGUCGAUGCACAGUUUGGAGGAGUUGAUCAAAGGAAGAUAUUCACCUUUGCAGAGAAGUACCUUCCUUCCCUGGGCUAUGCCAAGCGCAUCCACUUGAUGAAUCCAAUGGUUCCCGGUCUGACAGGCAGCAAAAUGAGCUCAUCAGAAGAGGACUCGAAAAUUGAUCUUCUGGACCGCAAAGAAGAUGUGAAGAAAAAGCUGAAGAAGGCUUUCUGUGAGCCAGGGAAUAUAGAGAACAAUGGUGUCCUCUCCUUCAUUAAGCACGUCCUCUUUCCCCUCAAGUCAGAGUUUGUGAUUCUGCGAGAAGAAAAAUGGGGAGGAAACAAAACAUACACAGCCUAUGAAACUCUGGAGAAGGACUUUGCUGAGCAGGUUGUGCAUCCUGGAGACCUGAAGAACUCUGUGGAAGUGGCCCUGAAUAAGCUGCUUGACCCCAUCAGGGAGAAAUUCAACAGCCCAGAGCUGAAGAAGUUGACCAACGCAGCAUAUCCUAACCCAUCCAAAGCAAAGCCUGCAGAGAAAGGCACCAAGAACUCAGAGCCAGAGACUAUUGUCCCAUCUCGGCUGGACAUCCGUGUUGGCAAAGUGGUCAGUGUGGAAAAGCACCCAGAUGCUGAUAGCCUGUAUGUGGAGAAGAUCGAUGUGGGUGAGCCUGAGCCCCGUACUGUGGUCAGUGGCCUGGUGCAGUUUGUCCCUAAGGAGCAGCUGCAGGACAGGCUCGUGGUGCUGCUUUGUAACCUCAAGCCUCAGAAGAUGAGGGGUGUGGAGUCACAGGGCAUGGUGCUGUGUGCCUCCAGUGUGGGGGAGCCACGGCAGGUGGAGCCCCUGGACCCACCUGCUGAGUGCUGCGCUGGGGAGCGUGUCUACGUGGAGGGCUACGAGGACGGGGAGCCUGAUGAUGAGCUCAAGCCAAAGAAGAAGGUGUUUGAGAAGCUACAGGCUGAUUUUCGCAUCUCUGAGGACUGCAUCGCUCAGUGGAAGGAGAGAAACUUUCUGACCAAGCUGGGGAGCAUCUCGUGUAAAAGCCUGAAGGGGGGGAGCAUCAGCUAACAAGCACCAGAGCCAUGGCUUGCCUCCUGCCUGGUCCCUCCACCCGUCCCUCCAGGCUCUCCUCCUCAGUCUGUGCCAUCUCCUUCCCCAGCACCUUGAGCAGGGGGCUUAGCCCUUUGGGACCUGGCAGCUCUGGACCUGAAUUUGCAGUCUCCCAUGCACUGUAACAGUGAGAGGCUUCUGGAGAGCUGGCCCAAACAUCUUUGCCUUGGGUCUGCUCAGUACCUCUGCUGUGGGCCAGAGCUGGGGCCUGGCAGUGGCACCACAUCUAAGGGACCUGUGUUUCUUGUGCCCGUGUCGUCUGGCUCAUCACCUAAGGUCACUGGCUUGCUCCCCGUUGUGCCAUGGACUAGAAACCUGCUCACUGGUUUAUCUCUGGGACAGCACGUGCAGGCACUGCCAUGACGGUUGAAAGGGAAAGCUGCUUGAUCAAACCCGUGUUGCUGCUACCAGGGUGGGGGACAGCUGCCUGGCAGCCAGGUAGCUCCUGUCCCCUGCUCUGCUCCGUGCACAGCCCACUCGGGGCAGGGGCUGGGGCUGCUGCUCAUGGGCCAGGAGCCCAGGCAUCCCCUGCCACACCAGGUCUGACCUGAGCCCGUGGCAGGCUGGGGUGGUAGGCCUUUAAACACCGACUCGGGAAGCAUCUGUCUGUCAUAAACCCAAAUAAAAUGUCAAGCUGA